AUAAGAUCCUGCUGCCAAGGAAUGGGUAUAUAUACAGGUCAAGCUUGGUACGAGGAAUAGUCUUCACAUUCUAGUCUACUCGGAAUAUCUGGAUUUUUAUAAAGUGCCUGAAGAAAAAGCUGAUUACGAAGGAAGAAAUGAAUAAGACUGCAAAAUUCUUCGUUUUUACUCUGUUGGUAAUCCUUGAGUUGUAUUCUGUCAUUUGUACCGAGACGAAUGACGGAAAGUUUGAAAUGCGUAUAAAUGAGAGAGGAACUCAUUUUACUGAGAAGAUCAGCGUCAGUGAAAACGAGAAUACUGUUUCCUUCGAAGUACCAAAGCACAACAACGUUAAUCGUUCUGAAGUGCUGAACGAUUUCAAUCUGGGCUUAACAAUUACCCGCGUACCUGAUGUGGGCAUAUGUCACAUUAAACCAUUGGAGGGAAGUCUGUCAAACCCUAGAAAAAUGAAAGCUGACAUGAAUUAUAUAAAGAAAAUGAAUGGUUUGGGGGAAAGAAACUCAAGUGUUUUAGUUAGUUCCACUGAAUGGACCAUUGAUAAACAAUUAGUGAAAAAAAACUUAAAUCCUACGGUGGCUAAGUUUUGCGGUGAUUUGCCAGUUUACAGUCUGAGAGAAAUCACCAAAGAUGGAAAUGAUAUCGACAGUAAAAGAAACCGCAGACAAUCCCAAUUUCAGCUUUGCCCGGAGGUGGUCGGGGGAACUACUGUGACACCGAAGCUAUGUAGCCCUAACCAAUGGAUAUUGAAUUGCAAGUUUGUGUUGUCAGGAACAUGCGUCUAUUGGGCUAAAUGUUCCCUUCCAAUCGCGAGGCUCGUCAACUUGAAGGAUUGCAAAUUUGAUCACGAGUGGAGUUCUGUUAUGUGUUGUAUUCCUCUCUGUCCGCCAACAAAGUAAUGAUAAAAGAAAUGAUGAACCAUCACGACUUAGUAUCAACUAAGUGCAUAUUUAGCGAUAUAUACACAAUGAGUAAACAUUAUACAUAUAGGGAUAGAUUGCAAAUCAUAGCCAUUGUUAUUUCAUAGAUUAAAUUUCCACAAA